UAGAGGAGGUGGAUGCCGUGGACAACGUAUCAGCGAUAGAGACGGAGCACCGAGGUACAAAGUGACCAGUACCAUUGGUAGCAGAGUGGGACGUCUCAAUCCAGCCUGGAAUGAUACAAACAAAGACGCUGAUGCUAGGUUCCAGUGUGCCAUGAAGCUGGUGGGAGGAGAGUUUGAGCAGUGUGUGAAGGGACUGCAGAAUGUGUGGCUACCUGCCCGGAUAAACGUCAGGAGCGCCAUCGAGAAACGAUUAGAGGUACACUCGAGUGGUGCAGUGUUGAAACUGGAAGAGGCAUGUCCCUGGAAGGAGCACCUGUUUGAGCUGGAGAGAACUCUCGGCCUCUCGGAGAGUGCAAAGUUUAUGCUCUACAAGGAGGGAGACUCGGACAAAUGGAGGGUACAGGCAGUACCUCUACAUGAAUCUGGAUUUGAAAAUAGACUUUCUCUUCACACUGCCUGGCGUGGUCUGCGAGACGAGGAGCUGUCUAGUGUGAGUGGUAUCCCAGGCUGUGUAUUCGUUCACUCCAGUGGGUUCAUUGGGGGCAACCUCACGUACGAGGGAGCUUUGGAAAUGGCGGUCAAGACUAUAGAAAGUGCCUCAAACUGAAAUACUUUAUGGUGUACACAUGUAUAACUAUCAUGAGUAUGCUAAUCACAUUCAAAAGAUGUUGUCUUGGUAUAUAGGAACAGAAAUGACAUUUUUGCUCUCAA